CAAGCAGAUCCCACAGAAAUAAUUAAUAAAUUCACCAUACAGUACAAACCAUCUCCCAUAAAACCCUCAUGAGAAUUAACCUUCUCUUUUGCUUUGAUGAUGUAUUUUUUUUUCCUUCUAUUUUUUUAGCUCGUGUAUAUUUUUUUCCCCCAAGGAGCUGUAAUAUUGAGAGUUAGAAAGGAAAGAAAGAGAGUCCUAUGCUAGGGGACUCAAGUAGUGUGCUAGCAACCACGACAACGUCAACCCCUGGUGGUGGUGGUGGUGGAGGGGGGGCAGGAGAUCAUAAGGAAGCUCCUCCGUUAACCGGAGGCAAUCAUGAAGGAGGCAGUAAUGAUGUUGGAGGUGAAGAAGAUAAAGGAAAAAUUGAAGGUGACCGGAGUUAUGGAGGAAGCCGGUGGCCAAGACAAGAGACUUUGGCCCUCUUAAAAAUAAGGUCCGGCAUGGAUGUUGCGUUUCGUGAUGCUAGUGUUAAAGGUCCUUUAUGGGAGGAGGUUUCCAGGAAGCUAGCAGAGCUUGGUUACAAUCGAAGCGGCAAGAAGUGCAAAGAGAAAUUCGAGAACGUGUACAAGUACCACAAAAGAACCAAAGAUGGUCGAACUGGUAAACAAGAAGGCAAAACUUAUAGGUUUUUUGAUCAAUUAGAAGCCUUCGAAAGUCGUCCUCCUUCACUAUCAUCGCCGCUGUCGCUGCCCCCACAACCGCCCAAAGCACCUACUCCAGCAGUCACAGCAAUAGCAAUGCCAGUGGUUAAUCCUUCUCCUAAUAUUGUUAGGGCUUCUCACAGUACUGUUCCAUCAACAGCAGCAGCAACACUAGCUACAAACAUGUCUCAAGGCAUUGUAACUUCAGCAAUUAUAUAUCUUACCGUUCCUCCAUUUCCUUCAACAAACCCUACAAUCUUACCCCCAUCACAAGCAACAAACCCUACAAAUCCUCCUCAUACUAAUACUCCACCCUCUUUUCCAAACUUCUCCCCAGAUCUCAUCUCCAAUUCCACUUCUUCAUCGACAUCCUCGGACGUGGAACUGCAAGAGCGUCGUAAGAGGAAAAGGAAAUGGAAGGACUUCUUUGAAAGGCUCAUGAAGGAGGUGAUCCAGAAGCAAGAGGAGAUGCAGAAGAAGUUCUUGGAAGCAAUUGAGAGACGCGAACAUGAAAGAAUGGUUAGAGAAGAAUCUUGGAGAAUGCAGGAAAUGACAAGAAUCAAUAGAGAGCGCGAGAUCUUAGCCCAAGAAAGAUCCGUUGCGGCGAGUAAAGAUGCUGCGGUAAUGGCAUUUUUGCAAAAAUUAUCCGAAGAGCAAAAUCCGGGUCAAAUACAAAAUAAUCCACCACCAUCACAGCCACCGCGGCCACCAGCACCUCCUCCAAUAUUACAGCUAGUACCAACGCCCGCCGCCAGGCCACUACCACAAGCGGUGGCUAAUGUGGACAUGAUAAUGAAAUCAGAUAAUGGGGAUCAGAAUUUUACGUCAGCUAGCCCUUCUAGAUGGCCUAAAGUAGAAGUCGAAGCUUUAAUUAGGAUAAGGACUAAUCUUGAUUGCAAGUACCAGGACAAUGGACCUAAAGGGCCACUAUGGGAGGAGAUCUCAGGUAGGAUGAGAAAGCUUGGUUACAAUCGUAAUGCAAAAAGAUGCAAAGAGAAGUGGGAGAAUAUCAACAAGUACUUCAAGAAAGUGAAAGAGAGUAAAAAGAAAAGGCCUGAGGAUUCGAAAACAUGUCCAUACUUUCAGCAGCUUGAUGCUUUGUAUAAAGAGAAGAACAAGAUUGAUGGUCCGUCCAAUAUGAAGCCUGAAAACUCAGUGCCUUUGAUGGUACGCCCUGAGCAACAAUGGCCUCCUCCACAACAAGAACAUAGGCCUGAUUCGGAGAUGGAAGAUCUGGAAAGCGAUGAUCAUCAAAAUCAUGACGACGAAGAUGACAAGAACAUGGAUGAUGAAGAUGAAGAAGAAGAUGAAGCUAGUGGCUAUGAAGUUGUAGCAAACAAACAAACAUCAAUGAACACGGAUGAGUGAGAGUUUUAAGGCCAAAGAAGCAACUCUAUGAGAAUUCACAGGAAUAUUGGUAAGUGCAUCGGAUUCUGGCAGCCGUGAAUCGGGAUGGAAGACUCUGAAUUAAUUUGUAAGGAAAUCCCACAUGGUGUGUGUUGUAGCUAGCAUAUAGUCGUUGAGAUUAAUUAUUUUUAUAAUUUAUUUAUUUUUUUGCAAGAUUAAUAAUAAGUAGAGGGAGUGAGAAAUUAAUUAAGAAGAAGUAGAGAGAGAGGUUCAGUACUAGUUUCCAAAGAAUUAAUAAAUACAAGAGACUAGUGUUGUAGUUUUUAUUCA